AUGGACGACUCAGAGGGGAAAACAUCAACCGACAGCGUGCCCAAGUGGCAGCUCAACCUGCCCAGCGAUGAGCCAGCAGCUGAUGCGCCGCAGUCACAAGCAGAAGAUGCCCAGUCAGAUAAGCUGGAGGUCGCGAGACGAUUCCUGGAGGAUGACGCCGUCAAGACUGCUCCGCGAGAUGUCAAGAUCGACUUUCUGAAAUCAAAGGGUGUUGAAGACGAAGAUAUCCAGUUUCUUCUAAACGAGCCUGAAGGAGAGCCAUCAGCGACGGAAGAUUCAGUCCCAACAGACGAGUCCAACCAGAAAGCACUAUCAGUGCUAGAAAAAUCAUUUGCCCCUACACCACCGGCCGCUCCCGCGCCGCCGACGUCUAUUCUCGCAGGAAGCGAUCGGCCUCCUGUAGUGACAUAUCCCGAGUUCCUCACCAAGCCGCAGAAUGACCCCCCCUUGGUCACGACCAACGGGCUCCUUAAUACUCUCUAUGCCUUUGGUGGCCUUUCUACCCUUCUAUACGGCGCGAGUAAAUACGCCGUUGAGCCGAUGGUGGAGAAACAAACAAGCGCGCGGAUUGACCUGCACGAGACCACCUCCAAGAAGCUAGAGAGUAUUCUCACACAGCUUGAAGGCACCGUCUCCGUUGUCCCAUCAUAUAACAAGACUGGGUCAAAUGCUGCUUCAGAGGCCGACGAUGUCGAUGACCCCUCCGAAAUGUUCCACCGAGACAUUGGCACGCAGACAACCUCCCCUCUCACCUCUUCGUCAAAGGGCAAAGAUGAGGCCCAGUCGAAGCUCCAAGCAGACCGUCUUUCAAAGCUAGCCAAGUCUCUCACAGGGCUCACCAACGACUACAAAAAGCAGAGCACCGACUCUGAAAAUAUCAAGGCUUUCUUGGACACCUUCCGCGAUGAGCUUGACACUAUGACGUACGGCCAUCAUGCCGAGAUAUUCGGUGCCUACGAUAUAAACAAGAAGAAGAAGAAGACCGACUCCGAAGACGAGAUUCGAAAAGUGAGAGAUAAUAUUAGGAGGAUAAAGGGAGUUUUGUUGAGUGCACGGACAUUCCCUACAUCUGCCAGGUGA